UCUGAUUUUCAGCUGUACUCGAAUACUCCUGCAGAUUUUGAUUUUAAACUGGAGAGCCUUGCUCGAGAUUUCCAGUCAUUGACUGAAUUUGCAGAACAUCUUGCUGCCUCUGUGGACAUAGUUUUCCCUGUCAUACAUGGUCAAUUUGGUGAAGACGGUGGCAUUCAGGAACUCCUAGAAAAAUAUAGCAUUCCUUUUGUUGGUACGGGGUCAACUGAGUGUCGUCAAGCAUUUGACAAGUACAAUGCUUCUUUGGAGCUCAACAAACAUGGUUUCGUAACUGUCCCUAGCUUCUUAGUGCAGGGAAGCGAAGUGGAUGAAUCUGAAUUAGCACAGUGGUUCAUAAAUAACCAUUUGAACUUUAGCUCGGGGAAAGUUGUGGUAAAACCAACAAGAGCAGGAUCCAGCAUUGGUGUCACAGUUGCUUAUGGCGUUUCUGAUUCGCUUAAUAAGGCAAAACAAAUUAUUCUUGAGGGGAUUGAUGAGAGGGUCCUUAUUGAGAUAUUUCUUGAUGGAGGGAGUGAAUUUACAGCUAUUAUCCUUGAUGUGGGGUCUGGAUCUGAUUGUCAUCCUGUUGUUCUUCUGCCAAGCGAGGUUGAGCUUCAAUUUCAUGGCAGUGGUGCUAUAAGGGAGAAGGAUGCAAUUUUCAAUUACCGGAGGAAGUAUCUCCCAACACAACAGGUCGCAUACCACACUCCACCUCGUUUUCCUAUCAACAUCAUUAAAAGUAUUCGAGAAGGAGCAUCAUUGUUAUUCCAAAAACUUGGCCUACGUGAUUUUGCUCGCAUUGAUGGUUGGUUUUUACCUUCCUCCACAAAUGUUUUCUCAUCUUCAGAGGACAAAAUCGGGAGGACUGAAUUGGGUACAAUUCUAUUCACGGACAUUAACCUAAUUAGUGGUAUGGAGCAGACUAGUUUUCUCUUUCAGCAAGCUUCAAAGGUUGGAUUUUCACAUUCAAAUAUUUUACAGACGAUUAUUCGUCGUUCUUGCAUGAGAUUUCCCAAUCUUGCAUCAUACAAUAAUUUAUCUGGUCAUUUGCCUCAAAGAACAAAAUCCCAACAACCUGAAGCUUUAGAGGGGCGACAAGGCAUCCGUAAGGUGUUUGUCAUAUUUGGAGGGAACACUUCUGAGCGGCAAGUAUCCCUUAUAAGUGGAACAAACGUGUGGCUUAACUUGCAAACAUUUGAUGAUCUUGAAGUAACUCCUUUUUUGCUUGCUCCCUCAGUAGACCAUUCAUCUGGUUCUCAUUCUGAGAAAAAGGAUUCUGAU